AUGAAACACCAUCUUCCUACAACCAGAGUUCCAAACGGGUGUAUAUAUGGAAACAUGCGUACUUCAUCUUCAGCACGUAAACGAGGAGCCGCGAAAGUUUCAUAUGACUUCGUGACGAACGAAGCUUACAUGAAACGAACCGAAAUCUAUGAACGAGCACAAGAUAACAAGUUAGAACGUGCAAUUGACUCAUUACUCACACUCCCUGGUCUUCAGUAUGACUCCCCUUUGUACUGGGGAGCAGUGACUGUGCUUCAAAGCAACGAAACGCAUGCACGUGUUAAUUUCACACAACCCGACGAUAAUGCUAGAAUUACAUAUCUUGAGCGGAUGACAGGAAUCAAUCGAGCAGCUGAAUAA